AUGGAGGAAUAUGAAUAUUUAGAUCAAUUCUUCUCUUCCCCAAUGUGGUCAGAUAUAGAUCUGAAGGAAAGAUCAUCCGGAUUAGGUAGCGAAUCGGGUCAACCAAAUGGGUUGUUUCUCAGUUCAGUUGGAGAUUUCAACAAUAAUUCACACACAAGUAUGGUCAAUUCAAAUGGAAGUAAUCAGAGUUUAGCUCCUCAAGAUGCGUCAUCGGUUGUUCUUGGUUCGGAGUCGGAUUAUGGGAUCAACAUAGGUUUGCAUUCAGAAGAUGAUCAAAACCACUUCUUUGGAAACCCUUCCAAUGGAAUGGUAAAUGACGGUGCAUCAGGACUUACAAAUCUUGCAGAUGGCCAAUAUGAUAUGGCCAUUCCCUCAAAUGGCAAUAUUUCGAGCUCUUCUCUUCCCUUCCCCGAGGUUGGACAUAUGCAAGGCAAUGCUCUUGAACUAUCUGAUUUUCAGAGUUUCGAUGCAGAUUUUCAAACCCUUUUUCCGAUUCCGCAUUUGAGUCCUCUUCCACCUUUUGAGGGUGUUUCUUCAUUGUCUCCUGGUAUGGGGCAACAUAGAAUUGGAGGUUUUGGUCUCCAAGGAGGAGAAUAUGUUGAUAAUGAUUUCUAUUCCAUGGAAAGCCGUUCAACCAACUUGUCUUCUUCACUCUCUUCAAAUGGUACAUAUGACCUGCUAAAUAAUCCUUUAUCUUCUUUAGCGUCUGGUCCCCAGAUUACAAGGACUAUGGCGCCUGGCUUGCAGUCUCUAUCACAGGUCACAUCUAAUACUCCUCCUGGUGAAUCUAAUGGAAAUGGAAAGCCCCGUGUCAGGGCACGGCGAGGGCAGGCCACCGAUCCGCACAGUAUUGCUGAAAGGCUUCGGAGAGAAAAAAUCGCUGAUCGGAUGAAAAACCUGCAAGAACUUCUACCAAAUCCCAAUAAGACUGACAAGGCAUCCAUGCUUGAUGAGAUCAUUGAAUAUGUGAAAUUUCUUCAGCUUCAAGUGAAGGCUCUAAUUAGCACGAGCAGCCUUGGAGCAGGUGACGCUGUUGAGGGUGGUAACGGAGAGCUACUCUCACCAUCAUCCGGUCAAGUAGCUGACAUUGUUUUCCCUUCCCACGAAAUCGCGUUCGAGAGAGAGCUAGUGAAGCUGAUGGAAUCCAAUGUGACAAAAGCCAUGCAAUAUGUCCAAACCAAAGGGCUUUGCCUCAUGCCUGUUGGUCUUGCUUCCGCUGAAUCCACGGGAAAUGGAAAGGAAAAAGAAACCCCGUCACCGUCAUCAUCAUCGGCACCACUUUCCGAUGACGACCGGAAGAGAAAUGGGAUUCAUCAGAUGCCGUCUAAUGGCAAUGCCAUGAUGAGAAAUGCCACCACGGAAAGCAACAUCAUGGUUAACAGAAAAUGCGUUGUUGCUGCUAAACCAGCAGAAGAUGGGAAUAACAUUUCUCUCACCGCUAGAGAAUUGAAGCCAAAAAUAUGA